CGGUAUUUCAAAUGAUUCUCACUGAUAAUGAUAAUGUUAAAGUAUCUGUCAGAUGUCGGCCGAUUAGUGAAAAGGAGAUCAUUCAGGGGUGCAAAAUCUCAGUUACAGUUGAAGAAUUAAAUGGAACAAUCUGGCUUAAACGCCCUGGUUUAGCAGAUGAUGAGCCUCAAAAACAGUUUACUUUCGAUUUAGUUUUUGAUUCAAGUAGCAAACAAUUUGAUGUCUACAAUAAAGUUGCAAGGCCAAUCGUAGAUAAAGUAUUAGAAGGAUACAAUGGCACUAUUUUUGCAUAUGGACAAACUGGUACUGGAAAGACAUUUACUAUGGAGGGUGGCCGGUCCGCCCCUGAGUUAAGAGGCAUAAUUCCCAACUCUUUCGCUCAUAUUUUUGGUGCAAUUGCCAAAGCCGCUACUAACACACGAUUUUUGGUCAGAAUUUCGUACUUGGAAAUCUAUAAUGAAGAAGUCAGAGAUCUUUUGGGAAAAGAUCAAAAGGCUCGACUGGAAGUAAAAGAACGACCAGAUGUUGGCGUAUACGUCAAAGACCUUUCAUCCUUUGUUGUACAUUCACCGAACGAAAUGGAUAAGCUGAUGACUUUUGGAAAUAGAAACAGUAUAUAUUUGAAGAUGCUUUAUCCUUUUUCAUUGAAAAACAUUUGA